AUGGUUCACGCGAUCCACGGCAAGCAAGUCGGCGACAUCGGCUACGGCCUGAUGGGCCUCACCUGGCGUACCGAUCCCCUCCCUGACGACCAAGCCUUCGCCGCCAUCAAAGCCGCCCUCGCCGCCGGCUGUAACUACUUUAACGGCGGCGAGUUUUACGGGCCUCCCGACAACAACUCCCUGACCCUCCUCAACAAAUACCUCGAGAAGUACCCCGAGGAUGCCGACAAGUUCGUGCUCAACGUCAAAGGCUGCAUCAAGCUCCCCUCCUUCGCACCCGACGGGACGCCCGAGGGCGUGAAGGCCAGCGUGGACAACUGCGUGCGCAUGCUUGGCGGGAAGGGCAAGAUUCAUCAGUUCGAGCCGGCGAGGAAGGAUCCGAAUGUGGAAAUUGAGACGACGAUCGCUGCGUUGAAAGAGCAGGUUGAUUCUGGGCUGGUCGGGGGGAUCUCGCUGAGUGAGGUCAGUGCCGCGACGCUGAGAAGGGCAGCCAAGCUGGCGAAGAUCGAGUCUGUUGAGGUUGAGCUGUCGCUGUGGGAGACAAGUCCGCUGGAGAAUGGGCUUGCGGAGGCAUGCGCUGAGUUGGAUAUCCCCAUUCUGGCUUACUCACCCCUGGGCCGAGGCUUCCUCACAGGCAAGCUCAAAUCCCCUGACGACAUCCCCGAAGGCGACUUCCGCAAGCUGCUCCCACGCUUCCAGCCGGGAGCCUUCGAGAAGAACCUAGAGCUGGUUCACGAAGUCGAAAAGCUGGCCGCGCGCAAGGGAUGCACGCCUGCGCAAGUCGCCAUCGGCUGGUUGCUGGCGCUGUCGAAACGUCCAGGCAUGCCACGUAUUAUUCCGAUUCCAGGCGCAUCAUCCCCGGAGAGGAUCCGCGAGAAUUCAACGGUAGUGGAGCUGAGUGAGGAGGAUAUGGCCGAGAUUGAGCGGAUCAGAAAGGGUUUCCCGGUUGUGGGGGAGAGGUAUCAUAAGCAUGGGAUGGAGGUCUUGGAUAAUAGCGUUUGA